CUUAUCGUAUUUAGCUCUCUUGCUCAACUUCGUCUCUUCGACGUUAGCAGAAGGGACUUGCGCGGCUGCCACUUCCGAUUCCAAGCUUCUGAGGUAUUUUGAAGAAUGGUGAGGAUCAGCGUGCUUAACGACGCUCUUAAGAGCAUGUUCAACGCCGAGAAGAGAGGGAAGAGGCAGGUGAUGAUCAGGCCUUCCUCCAAGGUCAUCAUCAAAUUCCUCAUUGUCAUGCAGAAACACGGUUACAUUGGUGAGUUCGAGUACGUUGAUGACCACAGGUCUGGUAAGAUUGUGGUUGAGCUCAAUGGGAGACUUAACAAGUGUGGAGUCAUCAGUCCUCGCUUUGACGUCGGAGUUAAGGAGAUCGAAGGUUGGACCGCUCGCCUUCUUCCUUCCAGACAGUUCGGUUACAUUGUUCUUACCACCUCCGCGGGGAUCAUGGAUCACGAGGAAGCCAGGAGGAAGAACGUUGGUGGAAAAGUCCUUGGGUUCUUUUACUGAGCUUCAAGAGAAUCAUCUUGUCCGGUUAUACUUGUGCUUUGUGUGAGAUGAUGAAUUCGAAUUGAGCUCAAAGUUAAAAGGGUGGUAGAGUUUUUUGUUGCGUUUGUUUUUUUAGAUGAUAUGCCGUUUUGUUCGUUAUGGGUUUUGCGCCUAAGUUGUUAAAGACUUGCAAAGUUAGACAGUCAUUUUCAGUUUAUGUUUUCUUGAAACUAUCAACAUAUCUAUGGCAGUUAUCUUCAGUUCUUGAGA